GUUCAAUUACAUUACACGUAACGUUAAGUCUUUGAACGAAGGGGAGAUAUUUGUUAAAAUCCUUGACGCUUGAACAUUAACAUGCAAAGCUUGAGGUACGGUUUUGCAAACACAAGGACCUUUGAAAUCAGUGAGAAAUAAUUGUCAAAAACAAAAGGUUAGGUUAAAUUGAUAUACACCUUGAUGGCCGUGUAGGAACAGUAACCCCUACGUCUACAUAUUUUUUUUUUUACCGCGCGUUAAUUUACGGAAGACAAAAGGCGACCACCUGUGGUAAUUAGCUAUCUAGCUUGUUCCGAACACCUAUACUAUUUAUACAAAAGUAUGUGGACACCCCUUCAAAUUAGUGGAUUCGGCUGUUUCAGCCACUCCAGUUGCUGACAGGUGUAUAAAAUAGAACACACAGCCAUGCAAUCUCCAUAGACAAACAUCGGUAGUAGAAUGGCCUCACUGAAGCACUCAGUGACUUUCAAUAUGGCACCGUCAUAGGAUGCCACAUUUCCAACAACUCAUUCAAAUUUCUGCCCUGCCCAGUAAACUGUAAACCUGUAAACAGUAAACCCAGUUACCCCAGUGAACUGUAAAUGCUGUUCUCUGUGUUUGGCGGAUGCCAGGAGGAUGCUACCUUCCCGAAUGCAUAGUGCCAACUGUGGGGUUUGGUGGAGGAGGAAUAAUGGUCUGGUGCUGUUUUUCAUGGUUUGGGCUAGGCCCCUUAGUUCCAGUGAAGGGAAAUCUCAAUGCUACAGCCAUCAAUGACUUUCUAGACGAUUCUGUGCUUCCAACUUUUUUGGAGCAAGACCUUUCCUGCUUCAGCAUGACAAUGCCCCCGUGCACAAAGGGUGGUCCAUACAGAAAUGGUUUGUGGAGAUUGCUGUGGAAGUACUUGCCUGGCCUGCACAGAGCCCUGACCUCAACCCCAUCGAACACCUUUGGGAUGAAUUGAAACGCCAACUGCGAGCCAGGCCUGAUCGCCCAACAUCAACUUAAUGCCCAUGGUUUUGAAAUGAGAUAUGCGAUGAGCAGGCGGCCACUCUUGUAGUGUAUGUGUAAACGUAACUCAGGAAGUGUAGUUUCGUAUGGCUAUAUGGAUCCAUGGUUAUAUGGAUCUGUGCGAAACUGCUACAGUGUACGAUGCAGGAGAAGUGUUUGGCGUCAUGCGGGUAGAACAGGACGAUGAAGGAGAUGACGAUGAAGAGAGAAAGAAGGCUUAUCCUAGUGUAGAGUUUACGUGUAAAGUGGUUGUGACCAGGGGGACUGGCAUGCAAGCCUCAGACCCCACCAGUAUCUUCCUGGUUGACCAUGCAUGGACGUACCGUGUGGAGAGCUCUAGGCAGCAGCUGGAGCAGAUCCCUGGCCUCCUGCCCAGGAUGGCUUCCCUCAUGGGGGUGGACUUCCAUGGAGAGGCCCCUGACCCAGACGUUGUGGAGCUGGUGCUGGAACAAAUGUGGAAGUACAACCAGACCUACCAGCUGGCCCAGGGGUCAGCCGAGGAAAAAGUGCCAGUCUGGUACAUCAUGGAUGAGUUUGGCUCCCAGGUGCAGCACUCUGACCAGCCUAGCUGUUGCAUGGCACCCUUCUUCUACACACAGGGCCAGCUGGCCUACACUGUGCUCUGGCCUCUCGCAGACCUGCAGGAGGGAGAGGAAGUGACAAGGGACUAUGCUUAUGGCGAGAGCAACCCUCUGGUGAGGAGAUGUCGCUUGUUGCCAUGGAUACCGGCUGACUUGGAAGGGGUCAGCACCCUGACCCCUGAACCCUCUGAUCUCUACUAUGAGACCAUUUCACAGGAGAACAAGGAGAUUCUUCCUCUGGACAUUCGGCCCCAUACUGUCCCCAAAGACAAAGUGCUCAAGGUGUUCACAGAGAUGGGACAAGUUCUAAACAAUCUCCAUCACCCACGGUUCACGUUCACAGAGACUGAAGAGGAGGCUGAUAUUCUUUGGACCUUCUCCCACAUCAGAGACUACAGGAAGUUAAGCGAGGAGCGUCCUCACGUUAUGACUAAUCAGUUUCCCUGUGAGACGGUUGUCACAGUGAAGGACUGCCUCUCCGCCGUGUCGCGGAGGGCCCGGGGAGGCCAGGGGGCCGAGUGGCUGCCAGAGACAUUCAACCUGCAGACUGAGCUGCCUCAGUUUGUCAGACAUUACCAACAAAGACAAGGGAGGGGAGAAGACAAUCAUUGGAUCUGUAAGCCUUGGAACCUGGCUCGGGGGCUGGACACACACAUCACCAACAACCUAGACUACAUUAUCAGACAGAGAGAGAGCACACCCAAGGUGGUGUGUAAGUACCUGGAGGAUCCAGUGCUGUUUGAGAGGGAGGAGGUGGGGAUGGUGAAGUUUGAUAUUCGCUACGUGCUGCUGCUGCUCUCCGUUCAGCCUCUACGCCUCUACUCCUACAACGUGUUCUGGCUGCGCUUCGCCAACAGGCCUUUCUCUCUGGACCACUUUGAUGACUACCAGAAGCACUUCACUGUCAUGAACUAUGCAGAGGGGGUCCAGCUCAAACAGGUUCACUACGAUGAAUUCAUACCUAUGUUUGAAAAGCAGUAUCCUCAGUAUCCAUGGAAAGAGGUUGAGAGAGAGGUGUUCAAGGCAUUUGCAGAGCUCUUCCAGGCAGCCUCGUCCCGGCCGGCCCCCUACGGUUUCUGUGCCUACCCCUCCUCCCGGGCCAUCUACGCUGUAGACCUUAUGCUCAAGUGGGGCACUGGGGACAGAGGUGAACGUGUGAUGAAGCCUCAGAUCCUGGAGGUGAACUUCAGUCCAGACUGCGCCCGGGCCUGCCUCCAUCACCCUGAUUUCUACGACCACAUGUUCCAAACACUCUUCCUGGAUGAGGCUGAUCAGUGCCCUGUCACUCAGGUCUCAUGAUGACCUCUAACCCCUGACCUUGAACCCAUAUUACACAGUUGAAAAGGUCCAUUUGGACAAUUUGUGUUUCUAGUAGUAAUUGAUAAUGAGUAAUGCUCUGGACCAGAGGUGCCAAAUACAUUUUGCCCCGUGGGCUGCAUUCGGUCACUACUGAGGUCCAGAGGAUCGGCUGCAUUCGGUCACUACUGAGGUCCAGAGGAUCGGCUGCAUUCGGUCACUACUGAGGUCCAGAGGAUCGGCUGCAUUCGGUCACUACUGAGGUCCAGAGGAUCGGCUGCAUUCGGUCACUACUGAGGUCCAGAGGAUCGGCUGCAUUCGGUCACUACUGAGGUCCAGAGGAUCGGCUGCAUUCGGUCACUACUGAGGUCCAGAGGAUCGGCUGCAUUCGGUCACUACUGAGGUCCAGAGGAUUGCUUUUCAAAUGUAUUACAUUUCCUCUUCAUCAAAAUUAGCAAAUAAAUUGUUUUUAAAUAA